UUGCUGUGCAGCCACUGUAAACUCUGAUAAGAGUUGCCGGACCGAACCUAUUGGCGUUUCGGUAUUUCCAAUCAGAAUCCAGUAUUAACAGUAACGUGUGCCUCGGCGGACGCAAGUGAAAAAAAUCGCGUUCUGCGUGCGUUUAAAAAUUAAAAUCCAUAAAGAGCAAGAACAGUCAGAGGAGGAGAGGUAGCCACAUAGCCAUAGCCAGAAAGAAAUAAACCAGAAAGAGAGUGCAGUAAGAGAAGGAGAAUCGGAAGAAGAAGAAGAAGAAUAAGGAGCAGCCCGAGGCAGGAACAGUAGCUGGUGGAAAAGGAUAUUCGCCCACCUACACCACCCAACAAUAGUCAGCCACCAGCCAGGUGACAGCGAAAAGUCAGCACAAAUAUGUCGAGCGAUUCGAGUCGAAGGAUCCAGGUGCCCGAUGAGCUGAAGGAGGUCCUGUUGCAGUUUUCGAUCGCCUUUCUGGUCGAACAGCCCCCGGAUGUGAUCGACUAUGCCGUCGAAUACUUCACCAAACUGCAAGCCGACCGUCCCAGUGUCCUCAACACGGAUCAGAGUACCGAUGAUCAGGUUAGCGUCAACUCACAGGAUGCCGAUGAACCACCAGUUAUGGCCACUUCUCGCCGCAAAUCAGUCUUCGCGGAGGCCUACGACCCGGAGGCAGAUGAUGACGAUGAUGGUGCCACUGCCGUAUUCCCCAAGACAGAUGACCAGCGGGCCCGACUUGUCGAAUCGGUGAAGAACGUCCUUCUCUUCCGUUCCCUCGAAAAGGAGCAGAUGAACCAGGUCCUGGAUGCGAUGUUCGAGCGAAAGGUUCAGCCAGGCGAUUAUAUCAUUCGCCAGGGCGACGACGGCGAUAACUUUUAUGUUAUUGAAUCUGGCAUCUACAAAGUGUAUAUUAAUGACAAGCACAUUAACACCUACAAUCACACUGGACUCUUUGGUGAAUUAGCGCUGCUCUACAACAUGCCCAGAGCUGCCACCGUCCAGGCGGAAACGAACGGAUUGCUGUGGGCCAUGGAUCGCCAGACCUUCCGGCGCAUCCUAUUGAAGUCCGCAUUCAGAAAGCGGAAAAUGUACGAGGAGCUGUUGAACAGUGUGCCGAUGCUGAAGGCUUUGCAGAACUAUGAACGCAUGAAUCUGGCAGAUGCUUUGGUUUCAAAGAGCUACGAUAACGGAGCACGCAUCAUCAAGCAGGGUGACGCCGCCGAUGGCAUGUACUUCAUCGAGGAGGGCACCGUGUCCGUCCGCAUGGACCAGGAGGACGCCGAGGUGGAGAUCUCGCAGCUGGGCAAGGGCCAGUACUUUGGCGAGCUGGCUCUGGUGACACAUCGGCCACGUGCCGCCUCCGUUUAUGCCACGGGUGGUCCCGUCAAGCUAGCAUUCCUGGAUGUUAAGGCGUUUGAGCGUUUGCUGGGUCCCUGCAUGGAUAUUAUGAAGCGCAACAUUGACGACUACGAGUCGCAGUUGGUGAAGAUAUUUGGCAGCAAAAACAAUAUCACCGAUACACGAUAAAAAGUCUGAACAACAACCAACAAAAACCACCAUCAAGAAAGCUACAACAAACAGCAACUGCAACAGAAAAGCAACAACGGUCACUUGCAGGCUUAUUUAGGAUUUUAUUUUGUAUGUUUUUUCUUUCAAAUUGAGCAAUACAACAGACAACAAACAAACCAACAAACAAACAAGCAACAAACAAGGCACAAAUACCAAACAAACAAUACACACACAAGGACACAACAAAUCAUUUAAACUUAAUCUUGAAUAUUUGAUAAUUGAAAUUAAUCUAUAAUACUAAAAUAAUGAUGACGAUGUUGAUCAUGAGAAGAAGCUUAGCAAUGUUUCUUAAAUCUAAAAAAAUCUAAAACAAAAAAAUAAUGAAAAAAGCAAAAAGCAAGUUAUUGUAUUGUAUGUAUUUAGCAAUUGUAAUUUGUAAUGUAAUUAAUUGGGCAAAAAUGAAUUCAAAUGCAAUCAGCAAACAAAAACUCUAAAAAAAAGUAAAAAACAAGAAAGAAAGGAAGAUUGGCUCAACGGGAAUGUUAAAAAUUUACUAAUUUAAGUUUUGUUUUAUAUGAUAUAUCCUUUUUGUUAUUCAUUGAUUUAUUCAUAGUUUGUUUCAUUGGCUGCUAAUUAUACGAUAAGCGAAAAAACAAAAGAAGCGAAAGCUAUAAUUAAAUAUAUAUCAAGUAAGAGCAAAUUGAACCACACACAUCAGCAAGCUAAGAGUUUCCAAACCCACACAUAUAUCGGACAAAAUACUUACACACAAAUUAAAAACUAAAAACUGAAAGAGUAAAAAAGUAAAAAACUUGCAUAAUGAGAAAUUAAUUUAAUAUUGAAUCUAACAAAAGAACAACACAACCAAUCAAUGUAUGUACUAGUCUAUACAGCUGGACAGGCACUUCAGCCAGCGAGUUAGGGAGGCGAUUCAAGGAUAUCUGAUUUUCAAAUCCAUUUCCCAAAAAAACACGAUAACGAAAGCGAUUCGGAGCGAUCUCAUGAGCAAGUGCUAUAAUAUCAGUUCGGUUCUCGGAGAGGAGGAGGAUGCGUUGGGAUUUAAUCGGAAAUAGCAGAGGUAGAAGCUAAAGGCACAAUCAAUAUGUUGCAUGGGAUCAACUUAGAAAACUUUGAGCAAAAACUAGGGAAAAAACAAAAAAACGAAAUUUAGCAGAGAGAAAGGGCGGGAGACCUAGACAGAGUAGUAGAGAGAAAGUGAAUGGGAAAGUUGUGUGUUUCAAACGCUUUAGAUUGUUCUCCUUACGAUGUGUAUAUUGGGUAUGUCUUUUAUUGUCGCGGGCCCUAGGGUAUCUGGUUAGGUGAACCAAUCAAAGCAAUAUCGACCUGAACGGAGAUCGGCCUGGAUGUGGAUAAGAUGUGUACUUAGUAUAUUCCCGUUUUUGUUGCUGUUCAAUACCUGUACUACCCUAUAUCUACAUCUAUUUAUAUAUAUAUAUCUUAAUAUAUAUAUCUAUUUAUAUAACUGAAUGAGCUUAAACUAUGGUAAAGCCUAAAAACCUAAUACCUAAACCGAAUCCAACUACUUUGUAUGUGAAUGUGUAACCCCAUUGUUUUGAACAAACUGCGUAACUAAACAAAUCUUAGAUGAAUAAUUAUAAUCAGUGAACAUGCAUAUAUAAAUAUAUAAAUAGGUAUAAUAUUAAAUUAAAUCAAUUCAACUGGCAUACCAACAGUCAAGAGGUGUUCAAAGCUAAAAGAAACUACAUAUAAUACAAGAAACGGAGAAAAUAUCAUAUAUGUAAUUACAUAUAAUUGCUGCCCGACAGUUCGCACUGUCGGUGCGAAAAAUAAUAAAAUUAUAAUAUAUACAAAUAUGUUUUUAAUCUUAAUUGGUGUCUAGUCUAUGUUCAAGACUUUAAAGCAAACAAAUUCUUGCAAAUUUUCAAAACAAGAACAUAAAAAGAGAAAGAUAAACCUUAAUAUAUAUCGAACGAGUAAUGAUCUAGAAACUAAUUAAGAACCAGAAAGUGCUGGCCAUUUUCUUCCACAUACCAACUACAACUACACACGCACACACCAUACGCACACACACACACACAAAACACACUCAAGCCAUACAUAAUAAAAGCUCAAUAAAAAAAAAAAAAUAAAAAUAAAUACGAGAACCUAUAGAGUCCUUCAGAAAUUAUGAAUUCUUAACGCGCAAAUUUCAAACUUCACCGAAAAAAGAAUAAAUUUAAAGAAGAAAAAAUAGUAAGAGCUAUUCGUAUUUUAACUGUUGUGUUGUAAUUAUGCAUAAAGCGUAUUAAAUUAUGUAUGUGUAACAAGAUAUGAAUAAAAACAAAAAAACAAAAAAAACAAAUACAAACGAAAGAAAUAAAAAAAAUAAGAAUGCAUUAAGUAUAAAAUAUUUGACACUGAAUAUUUGUAGACACUGAAAAAAAAACUUUAUUUACAUUAAUCGCCGAAGAAGCUGCAACUACCAACAAAAAAAAAUGCAAAUCAAGUAUAUCCUGCUUUCGCCAUAUACAUACAACCCUAAUUUUAAUUUUGUUUCGUUUACCGAUGCCAAAAUAUUGAUUUUAAAUAACCUGCAGCUAAAUGAAUGGCAUAGAAAGUUAAUUUGUAAGACCGAAGCGAUGAUGAUUAUUAAGAUAUGGGAGAAAUCAACUAACUUCAUAUUAAGAUGUCCUUGUUAUGUCGCAAACAAUUUAUGAAAAUAAAAGCAAAAAAAUGGAAACAUGAAAAGCAAGCAUGACGAAUGAUGAAUAUGUCGGCGCAUUGAGACUGCGUGGCUGCGGAUAUAUGUGUGUGUGUGUGUGUGUGCGAAUACACAUUUCGGGUAUUUCACCAGAGUGAUAGUAUUGCAUCAGCCUCUUGCGCUGUGAGUGUGUGGUUGCCAGGCAACCGUUGCUGGGAUUUUGUCGCUUUACAAAGUACCGUUGUAGCGAGGCGACAGCGUUGUGUCGCUGUCGCCGAUCGAGGUUUGGUAGUAUGCACAGUUGGUAGACAGUUGGACGCCGGCAGUUGCGUACCAGAACUGGAACAGUGUGCAGGGCUGAAACUCGAUGCGCCACAAUGGAGAACAGCAACAACAAUAACAACAACAACGGUCAGGACUUGACAUCAGAAGUGGGAUCUGGCCACCAGCCUUCAGCACUAGAUGGACCAUGGCGUGCCCUGAUGGAGCUACAAAAUAAAAAUUUAAUUGAACUAGUGAAAGCCAUAAAAACAACUGUACCUGAUGCAGGGCAGAACAAAACUGUGCAACUACCCAAAUUCAACCCAGACAAAUCAGGCGCCAACGCAUCAUCGUGGUGCACAACGGUGGAAGUGAUUUUACAAGAAAACACGUUGAGAAGCAGUGCAUUGGUUAUGGCCUUGAGUUCGGCUUUAGAAGGAAGUGCUUCGCAAUGGCUUUCGCAAGUGUGCUAUGCUGAAAUUACUUGGCCUGAGUUUAAAGAAUUGUUUAUACAACGCUUCGAUACUAUAGAAACACCAGCCGCUAUGUUUCUUAAUAUGCUAUCAAAUCGACCGACUGAUGGCGAGAGUCUGGCUGUUCAUGCAAGUCGCAUGGUUACCGAACUUACAACAAAAUGGCGUCAAAUGGAUAACGAAGAGAUUGCUGUGUCUGUGACCCUUGCGCUGCUGGCAAGCUUCGAUCACCGAUUGCAGCGUUUAAGUUUCACAUCAAAUGUUCGAACCAGAGUCGAUCUACAGUCCGAAUUAAAAGCAUUCACUUUUAUUAAAAGGAAAAGCGGCGCUAUGGAGCAUCAGGCUGAAACUUAUUCUAAACGGCAAAAACAAUCACCGAUGGAGUGCCAUUUCUGCGGAAAAGUGGGCCAUAAAAUGGCUGAAUGCAGAUUCAGGAAACAACAGAAUCAAUUCGCGACUGAUAAAAUCCAACAUGGCAGGCAUGAUGUUCAUCACCGUGGAAAAUCAAAUUUAACUUGCUACAAGUGCGGAGAAUUGGGUCACAUAUCCACCCAAUGUACAAAGAAGGAAGUCGAUAGGAACAAGGCAUUCAAUCGGGAGAAGCGAGUGGAACAGUGCAGUAUUGCAGUACCAAAGGGAUGUCUGAACCAUAGAGGCCAAAUUUUCGAAAUCACCUUCGAUUCGGGAUCGGAAUGCUCGUUGAUAAAAGAAAAGCUAAGUACCAAAUUUUCUGGUAAAAGAUUCAAUAAUAUUGUUAUGUUAAAAGGUAUCGGCAGCAAUGGAAUAUGUAGUACUGUACAAAUAUUAAGCAAUGUAAAAAUUGACGAUUACUGUAUUGAAAUUUUGUUUCACGUUAUAGGCGAUGAUGAUAUGCAGAACGACAUUGUAAUUGGCCGUGAGAUAUUAAAUCAGGGUCUUGAUAUUGUCAUUUCAUCAAACCAAUUUAGGAUCUCAAAGACCAAAGUAGUUAAUUUGUGUACCGGCAAUGAGCCAGCCGAUAUUGAUACUGAGCUUGAGGGACAAGAUAAAAUAAAACUACAUUCACUGUUGGCAAAGUACUCAAAUUCAUUUAUAACUGGGAUCCCAAGUACUAAAGUCAGAAUUGGCGAAAUGAAAAUUAGGUUGAUUGAUCCAACAAAAACCGUACAGAGAAGGCCAUAUCGUUUAAGUCCAUGCGAGCGAGAUUUGGUUAGGGACAAAAUUAAUGAACUGCUAAAAUGCAAUAUAAUUAGGCCAAGCUGCUCACCUUAUGCAAGCCCUAUAUUGUUAGUGAAAAAAAAAAUGGUACGGACAGACUUUGUGUUGACUUUAGAGAGCUGAAUUCAAAUACGGUCGCUGAUAAAUACCCUUUACCACUUAUACAAGAUCAAAUCAAUAGGCUUGGGGGAGUUAAUUACUUUACAUGUCUAGACAUGGCCAGCGGAUAUUACCAAAUUCCUUUACAUUCAGAUUCUAUCGAGUACACGGCGUUUGUGACUCCGGAUGGUCAAUACGAGUUCCUGUCCAUGCCAUUUGGACUCAAAAACGCACCUUCUGUUUUUCAACGAUUAGUAAUACAGGCGCUAGGGGAUCUAGCAAAUUCCUUUGUCAUCGUCUAUAUGGAUGAUAUCAUGAUAGCCGCCUCAACAAAAUGCGAGGCCCUAGAAAGAUUACAGAUCGUUCUAGAUGUUUUGACAAAGGCUGGAUUUUCAUUCAAUCUUACAAAGUGCUCAUUCUUGAAAACAUCGGUUCAAUAUUUGGGUUACAAUAUAAGUGCGGGUGAGAUUCGUCCAAACCCACAGAAAGUUGUAGCGUUGACUGCUCUUCCGCCUCCACAGUCAGUCACUUCACUUAGACAAUUCAUUGGGCUAGCAUCCUAUUUCCGACAGUUUAUUAAGGGAUUUUCACAAUUAAUGAAACCGUUAUAUUUCUUAACUGCAGAUAAAAACAAAUUUAUUUGGAAAACAGAGCAUGAACAGAUACGGAAAAAGGUUAUUGCCACUCUUACCGACAAACCAGUCCUUGUUAUUUUUGACCCUUCUUAUCCAAUCGAAUUGCACACAGACGCCAGUUGCAGUGGGUACGGUGCAAUUUUAUUACACAAAAUUAAUAACAAACCCCAGGUAAUAGAAUACUAUAGCAAAACUACUUCACCGGCAGAAUCAAGAUAUCACUCGUACGAGUUGGAAACCUUAGCUGUCGUGAACGCCAUUAAGCAUUUUCGACAUUAUUUGCUGGGCAGGAACUUUUUAGUUUAUACUGACUGCAACUCGCUUAAGGCGGCGAGAAAUAAACGAGAUUUAACCCCCAGAGCACAGCGUUGGUGGGGUUAUUUGCAGCAAUUCACAUUCGAUAUUCAGUAUAGAGAAGGGAAAAGGAUGGCACACGUUGACUUUUUAUCGAGAAAUCCCCUUUCAAAAAAGUCUACUACAACCGCAAAAAUAGUCGAAGAGAAAAGAGUAAAUUUAGCUGAAAUUUCAAGCAACUGGCUUAUUGCUGAACAACGUAGAGAUGUGGACAUAGUCGAAAUUGUUAAACAUUUUAAAAACUCUUCUCUUCCUGAAGAUAUUGCGAAAACCUAUGAAUUAAGGGCAGAAGUUCUUCAUCGAAAGAUACAAAGAAAUGGGAGAACACGUUGCUUACCAGUGGUGCCACGAGCUUUCAGAUGGUCUGUCAUAAAUCAAGUGCAUGAGUCCAUAAUGCAUCUAGGUUUCGAAAAGACAUUAGAUAAAACUUACGAUUUCUACUGGUUUGACAAUAUGUCAAAAUACGUAAAAAAAUUUGUCGACAACUGCAUCACUUGCAAAAUGUCAAAAUCCACUUCAGGAAAAAUACAGGCGGAAUUACAUCCAAUACCAAAAGUCACUAUUCCUUGGCACACUAUCCACAUCGAUAUCACAGGAAAAUUAAGUGGCAAGAGUGAUCAGAAGGAGUACGUUAUUGUUCAGAUAGACGCGUUUACCAAAUAUGUCUAUCUUAGUCAUAGUCUUAAAUUAGACAGUGAGAGUUGUAUAAGGGCCGUUCAAUCUGCCGUUUCAUUGUUUGGAGUACCAAACCGAAUAAUAGCUGACCAGGGAAGGUGUUUUACAGGCGCAAAGUUCAGUCAAUUUUGUUCAGAUCAAAAAAUAAAAUUGCAUUUGAUAGCCACUGGUGCAAGUCGAGCUAAUGGCCAAGUGGAGCGAACUAUGAGCACGUUGAAGAAUAUGUUAACGGCGGUUGAAACGGGAACACAAUCUUGGCAGGAUGCGUUGGGAGAGGUACAGUUGGCAAUUAAUUGUACAACCAAUCGCACUACGAAAGCAAGUCCUUUAGAAAUGUUAUUGGGAAAGGUAGCACGCCCAUUGGGAUUACUUCCACCUAGUGAUGUAGAAAAUGUUAUUGACUUGCCAAACGUAAGAGCGCAAGCUGCAAAGAAUGUAUUAGCCAGUGCAGCUUAUGAUAAAGAACGAUUUGAUAGAAAUAAGGCAAAAAUAAAAAGGCACAAAAUUGGAGAUUUCGUAUUACUUAAGAGCGAAGAAAGACACCAGACCAAGCUAAGUCCAAAAUUUAGGGGACCUUUUGAAAUAGUAAAAGUUCUAGAAGGUGACAGGUACAUUUUAAAGUCUUUAACUAGUAAAAGAAAUUAUAAAUAUGCACAUGAGGAUUUAAGAAAAUUACCAGAGGGGCAAGUUCCCGAAGAGCUAAAUGUGUACGAUGAUUAUAAUAAUUUAGAUGAAAGAAACGUAACCGCUACAGAAGAGAGUGAAAAUGAAAAUAUUGAGAGUAUUGAAGAAAAGAGUGAAAAUGAAAAUAUUGAGAGUAUUGAAGAAAAGAGUGAAGAUGAAAAUACUGAGAGUAUUGAAGAAGAAAAUGAAGUACACCAAUAAGGGUGAAAAAGUUGUACUGCUGGCCAAUGAAAAUGGCAGAGUACUGAGUCCAUAAAAUAUAAUGCAAGCACAAGUGCAAAACAUAUUGUUUGUUUUGAUCAUGGCGUGUGGGGUAUUUGAUUAUGCGACUAUAGGAGUGAAUAAUGAAGAAGAAUGGAUUAUAUAAAAGAAGAAGUAAAACAAAGAAAUGAAAAGAAAGAAAGAAAAAGUUGAAUUGAAUUGAUAAAAAAAAUUAUAGUUAUGGAACUGAAUACUGUUUUGUGAAACAGUCAAUACGAUAAUUUGUUUAAGUUAAGAUAAGAAAAUUGGAUGAAACUAUUUAAUGUUCAGUCUAAUAAAGUAAGGAAAUUCGAAUGCUGCUAUUUUCUACACGAGGUCGUGUUAGAGUCAGGAUGGCCGUGUCGGCGCAUUGAGACUGCGUGGCUGCGGAUAUAUGUGUGUGUGUGUGUGUGUGCGAAUACACAUUUCGGGUAUUUCACCAGAGUGAUAGUAUUGCAUCAGCCUCUUGCGCUGUGAGUGUGUGGUUGCCAGGCAACCGUUGCUGGGAUUUUGUCGCUUUACAAAGUACCGUUGUAGCGAGGCGACAGCGUUGUGUCGCUGUCGCCGAUCGAGGUUUGGUAGUAUGCACAGUUGGUAGACAGUUGGACGCCGGCAGUUGCGUACCAGAACUGGAACAGUGUGCAGGGCUGAAACUCGAUGCGCCACAAUGGAGAACAGCAACAACAAUAACAACAACAACGGUCAGGACUUGACAAAUACAAGUUUAAUAAAUGCGAUAAAACAAA